AUGUCACCAAUCCUAUUUUUAUUGGCUAUUGACUGGAUACAAAGAAAUACAACAUCAGACAAGAAAACGGGUAUCCAGUGGACCAUGUUUAACCAGCUAGAAGACCUUGAUUUUGCUGAUGACAUUGCCAUAUUGUCAACAACAAGUGAACACCUCCAAGAAAAGACCAACAUACUUACCAACUAUGCAAAGCAAACUGGUCUGAAUGUCAAUGCCAAGAAGACCAAGGUAAUGUCAAUAAACACUAGAAAUACAACACCAAUAACAAUCAAUGAUCUACCAGUGGACAGUGUUGACGAUUUCACCUACCUUGGAAGCAUCAUAAGCAAAGAUAAUGGAACAGGGAAGGAUAUAAAGGCAAGACUAUCUAAGGCACGUGCAACAUUUGCUAGACUUCAUACAAUCUGGAAGUCUAACCAGUACAGUUUAAGGACCAAACUGCGAAUUUACAACAGCAAUGUAAAAUCUGUCCUACUGUAUGGUUCGGAAACUUGGCGUGUUUUAGUGAGUGACCUUCAAAAAGUAGAUGCUUUCCAUACUAGCUGCCUUAGAAAAAUCAACAAAAUAUUCUGGCCAAAUAAGAUCAGCAACAAGAGCCUUUUGAAGAAAUGCAAUGCUAAAAGUAUAACAGCAGAAAUCAAACAACGAAGAUUUAGAUGGUUAGGCCAUGUACUGAGAAUGCCACAACAUCGCACACCUAAAACAGCUUUAUAUUGGACACCACCAGGGAAAAGGAAACCAGGGAGGCCUAGAAUCACCUGGCGAAGAACUGUAACAGCAGAAUUAGAAACAAUGGGUUACACCUGGGGCCAAGCCCAGUACAUGGCUAAGGACAGAGAGAAGUGGAGGCAGUUUGUUGUGGCCUUAUGUCCCACUUGGGAUGAAGAGGAUAAGUAA